AGCUUCACCGAGAUGCCGACCAACAACUUCAUAGAAAGCUCGUUCUGGAACUUUGACUCCCUGUUUCAGCCGCAGCAGCAUCCGGCCAGAGACCAGCACGACACCUUCUUCCUGUCCGACCCAGCGCUCGCCCACGAGUUCCCGCAGGAUUACCUGGAGCGGGUGAAGAAGGUCCACUCAGAGGGAGGCUUUGGUUCACAAGGGUACAAAUACGACUGGAAGAUAGAGGAGGCUCAGAAGAACCUCCUCCGUACUCACACUACAGCAGUCAGUGCACGCAUGUUGUACAAACUGGCACAGCAGGAGAAGUUCACCCCCGUCAAGUAUUUCUCCAUCGACCGGGUGUUCAGGAAUGAGACGUUGGACGCCACCCACCUGGCUGAGUUCCACCAGAUCGAGGGCGUGGUCGCAGACUACGGACUCACACUGGGAGACCUCAUGGGCAUCCUGCACCAGUUCUUCACCAAACUGGGAAUUACCAAACUACGCUUCAAACCUGCCUACAACCCGUACACAGAGCCCAGCAUGGAGGUGUUCAGCUACCACGAAGGACUGAAGAAGUGGGUGGAGGUGGGGAACUCGGGGGUGUUCAGACCAGAGAUGCUGCUGCCCAUGGGACUUCCAGAGGAUGUGUCUGUCAUCGCCUGGGGGCUGUCGCUGGAGAGACCCACCAUGAUCAAAUACGGCAUCAACAACAUCAGAGAGCUGGUGGGACACAAGGUGAACCUACAGAUGGUCUACGACGGCCCCAUAUGUCGUCUGGACUCCUGAGCGACGCCCAAACUCUUAUUGAGAUAUUUAACCUUUGGACGGACAGACUUUAUCUUCUACCUUCUUGAGACAUCUCGUGUCUGACUCUCACUCCUCCUGUUCUUCAUCCAACACACGGAGGGGCUCGGUUUUCUGCAGACUCGUCUGCAAAGGGCUUCAACACGUAGGAUCGGACUUUGUGUGGACGCGAUGCUCGGCUCUCUGCUGCUUUGCAGAAACUUUGAGUCCUGAGACGUCGUUACUCGUAUAAAGUCGCUAAGUUUCUACUUGUACAGGGAGAAAACAAAAAAACUUUUUGCAAUGUGACAAACAUUAAAUGAAGAGUUUUUUUGCAAA